CUGAGACUGACAGGUGAACAUUCACCUGCAAACAAUGCGCAGGGACGAAUGGAGCCAAGAAUGGGGUUAUAAUUGGGAUGGGGCUGUGAACGCAGAUUGCGUGAGUUGUGUAUAGUUCCCCGUAUUGGAUUAUAUGUGCUGCGGUGGAUGCUGCAAGUGCAAGAUGUAAGAAACUGACCCACCGGAGAUCUUCGAUGACCAACCUUCUUUUUUUUUAUCUUAUCGUUGGCUCCCUCAUUUCACUGCUUAUUUCACAUCUGGUAACUACUUGCUAUCAUAGCAAAGUCAUACCUUGGAACAAACAGUGAACUAUGGCAGCUCUGCUCAGAGUUCGCAAUCUCAUCCUACUCUUUCUUGUUAUCUGCCUCAUCCACAUCACCCGCCGCAAGUGGCAGCAACAUUGCAUUUCAAGGCAACAUGGCUGCCAACCAACAAUCCACCUCCCAGCGCGAGACCCCAUCUUUGGCCUCGAUCACCUCGCCUUCACCCUCCGCGCAAUCAAAUCUCACACGGUCCUUGUCCGAAGCGAACAGCGGUUCGCGAAAUACGGUCACACACACCAAUCACGCCGCCUGUUCACCACCAUCCUCGCAACCUGUGAACCCGCGCAACAUCAAAGCCAUCCUCUCGACCAACGUCUACGACUACAGCCUGAACCGCCUCGCCGCGUACGGACCCCUCCUGGGGACGGGGAUCUUCAUAACGGACGGGCCGGCGUGGUCACAGUCGCGCGCGCUGCCGCGCCCCACCUUCGCCAAGUCCCAGAUCGCAGAUCUCGCGACCUUCGAGGCCCUGAUCACCGAGCUCUUGGUGCUACUCCCCACCGACGGCCGGCCCAUCGACCUCCAAGAGCUGUUCUUCGGGUAUGCCAUCGACUCAGCCACCGCGUUCCUGCUCGGGCGCUGCAGCCACACCCUCCGCAGACUUGGUUUUCCGGCCGCUGCAGCCGCCAGUCACCACGACGUAGAUUUCGCAAGCGCCUUCGAGGACGCCCAGGCGGCGAUCCGGACCCGGGAGCGGUGGGGGGUGUUGCGCAUGUCCCACCGGGAUAAGCACGCCGACGAGUGUUUCCAGAUCUGCCACGGGUUUGUGGAGAAGGCGAUCGACGAUGCUCUGGGCAGCGUCCGAGUCCCUAGGGCUAGCACAACCCCCACGGCAUGUGGAAAAGAAACAGGACACAACCACCAUUCAUCGACACAUUGCUCGAGCAAACGAGCAACCGCACCCUUCUCCGCGACGAGUUGAUGAACCUCCUCCCCGUGGGCCGCGACACCACCGCCAGCCUGCUAAGCAACCUCUUCUCCAUGCUGGCGCGCCACCCCGACACUGUCGUCGCGGGAUGGGGUGUGGGUUGGUUUGAGGGAGUGAGGUUGUGGUUUUUGGUUUGGUCUGGUUCUCUGGUGAGAUAGAGAUCGGGUUGAUGUAUAAAUAAGGCUUUUAUGUUUUGAGAAGGAGGCAGGACUGGAUCCGACGUCUACCUGUUCGGAGGGAGGGUUUGCCUGUGUAACUCACAAAGACCUAUCUCACCGUGUGCAUGUGGUUGGGUGUAACCAUUGAUCGUUGAUCCGACGGGCUGUACGACCCGUACUUCAUACUGUUGUGUUGCGGCCCUCUGGGCUCUCCUGAGGUUACGAAGGGCUGGGGUAGAGGCAUAUCAAUAUCCCAGCAUUGACGAGGAUGGACUCACGUUUACAGUAGAC